AUGUACAAACAUUCGACUUGGAGGUGUGCAUUAUUCGCUCCAAAUCCGUCACAGCGUCCCAACAUCUUACAGGUCGACCACAUGUGGAGCGGGAAAUGGAACGGGAUAAAAUUCGUUUACUUUAUGGGCCGGUAUCUGGGUCUCAUUGACUACCCCUUGACUAUGAUUCACAACCAUGUCCUUGGGUUGAGCCCAUCUACAUGCAAUGUGUUGCUUCAUAUUAUAUCGUGCUCGGCCCUGAUAGGGACCGCAUUCGCAGAAAUCCUCAUGUAUCUUCGCGUCUAUGUUCUCUCAGUGUGUAACCCCCGCGUUGCACUGUUUUUAAUCAUUCAAUACUCGAUCACAUCCCUAUCUACAUUCACCGUGACCAUUCUGGCCCUCAGAGAUAUGACAUACGGGCCAUCGCCUAUUCCUGAGAUCCUAGGCUGCUAUAUCGAAGGAGCGAGUAGAGUAUAUCCUACUGUGAUGUACUCACUUGUCCUCUUGGAGCAGUUCUCUGUGACUAUACUGAGCCUUUACUUUGGCUUGUCGAACUUUCGAAGGAGUCACAGUCCGUUGAUCUCGAUAUUCUAUAGAGAUGGAACACUGGACUUUAUGAUAAUAACUGCUGUAACGACCUUAAAUGUCAUGACUGUUGCCUUCGCACCAAAAGACUACCAUCUCAUGUUCCUUCUCGUCCAACGCUGUGUCCACUCCACACUCGCAACGCGCACAAUCCUCCAUCUACGCGAAAUGGCUGCCCGAGAUCUCGAGCUCAGAACACUUCUGCAACGCCUCGACGAAGGUUAUUUGGACUCGUCCAUGGACUUUUCAGCAGGCUGCGGGCCCUUCAGGACAAACCGAAGACGUACGCUGGACGACGGUCCCUGGCGAUUCACCCGCCAACAACACGAAUUCAUUGCUGAGGGGCCCAGUGUUUGGAGUGUCACCAGUAGAGUGCCACUCAACCUUGAUGAAAGGUACCAUACUAGACGGACUGCGGCAGCCGUGCCGGGGAGGUUGGAGCCAGCGGUUGAAAGUACUGAGCUAGUCUUCCUUGGUGGGAGUAGUACUGUGAAAUGA